CACAUUGAACAAACACUGAAGUAGCCAGAGCAGACACUGACAGGGGCAGUAUCUCCACCGCCUAGAAGGGCGUGCAGGGCCGGCUCGCCCGGCCCCUGCCGAGGAGCAUUUUCCAUUCUUUCGCGCUCCCCUUUUUUGUCUUCCAUCGCUUGGAGAGGAAAUAAUUUCUGAACUUUUUUACUUUUAAAGCCAUCUUGUUCCUACGAGGUCUGCGUCCCCGGGCCAUGUAGUCUGCACAGGACCCGGGAAUCUGAGAAAUUGCAGCGGCGCUGUUGUUUAUGGCGCUUUGGGCGGGGGCUGAGCCCGGUCUUGCCCCCCGCCCGCCGCCCGGGCCAUGCCACUCCAUCCGCGCGCGGAGCCGCGGCCGCCGGGCCUCCGAGGCUGAGCCGGGAGCGGCGGGAGGCGGCGGCGGCGCCGGCGGCGCCGGAACGGGAGCCGCGGCGGCGGACCCAGUACUAUGGCUAUGUACUGCUAUGCACUCAACAGCCUGGUGAUCAUGAAUAGCGCCAACCAGGGGAAGAGCGGCGGCGGCCCCCGGCCCAGCAGCACCGAGACGCCCCCGCCGCCGGGGAGGGCCGUGUUGAGCCCCGGCAGCGUUUUCAGCCCCGGGAGAGGCGCCUCUUUCCUCUUCCCCCCACCCGAGUCGUUGUCGCCCGAGGAGCCCGGGAGCCCCGGGGGCUGGCGGAGUGGCCGGCGCAGGCUGAAUAGUAGCAGCGGCAGCGGCAGCGGCAGCGGCAGCAGCGUGGGCAGCCCCAGUUGGGCGGGUCGCCUGAGAGGGGACGGGCAGCAGGUGGUGACCGCCGGUACCCUCUCCCCUCCCGGGCCAGAAGAGGCCAAGAGGAAGCUGCGAAUCCUGCAGCGCGAGCUGCAGAACGUGCAGGUGAACCAGAAGGUGGGCAUGUUUGAGGCGCACAUCCAGGCGCAGAGCUCUGCCAUCCAAGCGCCCCGCAGCCCGCGUUUGGGCAGGGCUCGUUCGCCCUCCCCGAGCCCCUUCCGCAGCAGCAGUCAGCCCCCAGGAAGGGUCCUGGCUCAGAGCGAGGAACGAAGGACAAAGUCCUGGGGGGAGCAAUGUCCAGAGACUUCGGAGGCCGACUCCAGGAGGAGAGGAGGGGUCCCCAGCCCACGCCUCUCGAAGGACAAGGAGGGAGUGGCACCUUUUCCUGGCCUGGCCACCCAGUCAGGAUCAGGGGCUCAGGACCCAGCCUCUCGGGUGAGAAUGGAGAAGGGGGGUCCUGCCAGACCCCACUGUGGCUCACCCAUAGCUAUGGAAAUCGACAAGAGGGUCUCUCCUCCUUUGGGAACUCAGAGCUGCCAAGCUCCCGCCUUGGAGCUGGUGGGAAUGGACUUAGUGAUGACCACAGAAGUGGCAGCGAGAGCCACAUCCACUGGACCACACUGUCCACACGACCCUGCCCUCAUGGAGCGGUCUGAGAGGGCCGGCGAGCUUGGGGGUGUGCACCCCCGAGAGGCCCUGGUCGAGACUCAGGGGCAGUCUCUGGGCAGUGAGACAAAACCAGCCUCAGAGAGGGGCGGUCCCCGCAGUGGAGAGCCCCCUGGAAAGGUGGAGAAAGGAAAUCUGCCCUGUGGCGUGCCAGGCUCUGGGGCGCCUGAAGCAGGCGAGAAGCCAGAGGGGAGGACUGUGAAUGAGCAAAGUUCGGAGCCCUCUGAGGCCCCCAGCUGGUUCAGGCCACCGGGAGACCUGGGCGUGGUAGGCCCUGACGUGGUGCAGAGUGGGGCCCUGGUGGUCGGGGAGCCUCAGCAGUGCUCCAACAGAGUGGAUGAAGGGUCUCUGACGCUGGGUCUGCUUGGGGGCAGCAGCUCCUCACAGCCAGGGACCAGGGAGGUGGAGGCCGCAAUACCCUCUGGUGGGAUGCUGGAGCCUUUGCCCUGUUGGGUAUCGGCAAAGGACCUGAAGGAACCUGCUUGCCUUCCUGGGGACAGGGUCGGGGUGCAGCCUGGGAGCUCCAGGGCUUGGCUCGGCCCCAUGGAGGGAGCCAGUCUGGCCUGGACGUGUGGCACAGGGGUACAAUCCCAGGAGACUUGGGGAAGCCAGCUGCAGGACAGAGACGCCCACCCCAGCCCAGAGCUGCUCUCCCCAGAUCAGAAGGACAAGCCUUCCCUGAGAGAGGCCUGCAGCCCGGGCAGUAUACCUGCCGUCAUCAUUACAGACAUGGGUGCCCAGGAGGAUGGGACCUUGGAGGAGGCGCAAGGAAGCCCUCGGGGCAGCCUGCCCCUGAGGAAACUGUCAUCUUCCUCUGCCUCCUCCACCGGCUUCUCCUCCUCCUAUGACGACUCGGAGGAGGACAUCUCCAGUGACCCUGAGCGCUGCCUGGACCCCAACUCUGCCUUCCUGCAUACCCUGGACCAGCAGAAGCCCAGAGUGAGCAAGUCAUGGAGGAAAAUAAAGAACAUGGUGCACUGGUCUCCCUUUGUCAUGUCCUUCAAGAAGAAGUACCCCUGGAUCCAGCUGGCAGGACACGCAGGGAGCUUCAAGGCGGCUGCCAACGGCCGGAUCCUGAAGAAGCACUGUGAGUCAGAGCAGCGCUGCCUGGACCGGCUGAUGGCCGACGUGCUGAAGCCCUUCGUGCCUGCCUACCACGGGGACGUGGUGAAGGACGGGGAGCGGUACAACCAGAUGGACGACCUGCUGGCCGACUUCGACUCGCCUUGCGUGAUGGACUGCAAGAUGGGCAUCAGGACGUACCUGGAGGAGGAGCUCACCAAGGCCCGCAAGAAACCCAGCCUCCGGAAGGACAUGUACCAGAAGAUGAUUGACGUGGACCCUGAGGCCCCGACCGAGGAGGAGAAGGCCCAGCGGGCUGUCACCAAGCCGCGGUACAUGCAGUGGAGGGAGACCAUCAGCUCCACCGCCACCCUCGGGUUCAGGAUCGAGGGCAUCAAGAAGGAAGACGGCUCUGUGAACCGGGACUUCAAGAAGACCAAAACGCGGGAGCAGGUCACUGAGGCCUUCAGAGAAUUCACUAAAGGAAACCGCAACGUCCUGGUCGCCUACCGGGACCGGCUGAAGGCCAUCCGGGCCACCCUGGAAGUCUCUCCCUUCUUCAAGUGCCACGAGGUCAUCGGCAGCUCGCUGCUCUUCAUCCACGACAAGAAGGAACAGGCCAAGGUGUGGAUGAUCGACUUUGGGAAAACCACACCCCUGCCGGAGGGCCAGACCCUGCAACACGAUGUCCCCUGGCAGGAAGGGAACCGGGAGGACGGCUACCUCUCGGGCCUGAACAACCUCAUCGACAUCCUGACAGAAAUGUGCUCGGAUGCCCCGCUGCCCUGAGGCCACCCUGUGUUCCCCCUCGCCGCCGCCCUGGCCGCCGCCUCUCUGCCUGUGCUCCCUCUCCUGAAUGUGUCCUUUACUUCUCCCUGGGUGCCCCCCACUCCGAACUGACCCUCCCGAAUGGCACUACAAGAUACUUUGUAGCAGAGGAGAUGCGAUGAGGUUUUUGGUGGGUUUCCUAAUUGAAGGGCUUGGAGCCUGGGCUUCCACUUCUCUUUGUAAAUAGCAUCUCCAGCUAGAAGAGAAAAGCCCCGACCCCAGGCCCGGCGGGCAGGGGUCAGUGGCCCCAGACAUGGAGGGAUGAACAGGUGGCCUUGGGGCCCGUGGGGGCCUGCUGCCCCCUGGUGGCUGCUUCUGGUAGCGUUGCUGCCAAGCACAGCGUGAUCCUGCCCCAUCCUCCCAGGGGCGAGGGCUGUAAGAGCUCCCUUGUUUCAACAGGUGCCUGGUAGUUGGGGCACAAAACCAUGGGAGCCGCAUGCCAGCUGUGAAUAAAGUGCCCUUUGCUUAGCAGCACAGGGACUCCCAGAGAUGCCGUGGUGGCCUUUGGAGGCCUGCUAAAGCAGGCACCCCACCCAUCCGGUAUUGAAACCCUCCAGCUUUGGGCCAGACCCAGGAGCCGACUUGGCUGUGCUCUCUGAUGUAGCCCUUCCUGGGGGGUGGGGCAGGCAGGCAGGGGCUACGUUCCUCCAUCUGUGAUUAUGGCGCAUGAAUUCCGAGGGCUGCUCUGCAAACCCCAGCUUCCGGGGGUGCCAGCCAGCCCCCAGAGCCCCUUGUGCCUCCCACCCCCUGCCUUGCUGUGGCGAGGUCCAGGGGGCUGGGUAGGAGUGGGCCAGGGCACAGGGAGCCCCUGCAGAAGCCCCAGGGGGAGAAAGACGGACCUCACAGAGGGUGUUCCUCCCAUGCCCCCCUCCCCACCUCCCUGCUGCCCAUCCGUGGCCCUGCCUGCAGCCCUGGGGCUCUUUCAUGGGGUCCAGUGUCCCUGUAUUCACGGGGCAGCGCUUUAGGCCAGCGCCGGGCAGGGCGGAGGCAGGAGGAUGUUUAGUGGCAUCAUUUUUUUCCCCCUGAAAUUAGUCUUACAGCCUGAAGGCCUGAGCCCCGCGUUUCCCAGAAGUGGUGUGGGCAGCUUCUGGGGUAUGUGUGGAUGCCAGGGUUGUUCUGGGCAUCUCUCCCAGGAGUCUCUAGGUGGCUUGAAGAUUCCUGGGGAACCAAUUGUUACCCUUAUGUUAAUUGUAAAGCAAGUAAGUCUCCAUUAUUGAGAAGAAUGUAAAAUUCGCCUUUCAGACUUUUUAAGAACAAAGCUCUGGCUCUGUGGCCUUUUGGAGCUGUGGCCCAGGUCCCUCCUCCGCUGCUGGUGGUGCAGGAGCUCUGAGAGUUGAGGGGCUCUGGCUGGCCCGGGGCCAGCAGGCACUGGGGCCAGUGGCUUCGCAGGGAGCUGCCUCGGGGACAUGGGGCAGUAGUCUGUACCCGGGUGUGUGUGCCUGUGGGGGACCAGUCCAGAGAGAGGGCUUCCUGGGCCGCCCCCGUCACCCCAGGGUCUCUGGGGGAACUGUUGACUCUCCCAUGUGACAUGUACGUUUCCCCUUUCAUUCUGGGUGAGUGACGGUUGGUGGGGGUGGAGGGUGGGACACAUGAGGAUGUAUAAGUACAGAUUUUAAAAAAGGAAAUCACUUUUAAACUUCCUGGCUCUUGUUCAAAACAGUGGUGAGCUCCUGUGUGGGCUGACUUGCUAAAGGUCACGCCCCACCCCGGCUGAGCACCAGAGACCUUGUGACAGCACGUGAUCCUGGAAGGCAGGAGCCCCAGAGCCAGCUCGGGUGUCAGAGCUGUAGUCCCUGGUGGGUUAGAAGGGAUCUCGGUGGUCCCGGCUUCAGCUACCGUGGGGAAGGGGCGUCAUUAAUUCAGACGUAGAGAUUCUACAACUAUGGGCUGGCCAGAAGUUACCCUCAUUCUAGCUAUGAAGAAAGUUUGCGAAAGCAGCUUAAUGGUAUGAACAAAAAUACAGGGACCAGCUUAUCCUACUUCAGAGAACAAACUUUCCAUGCACUUUAAGCAGACAGCAGUUGUUUGCAAACAAUGUGCUAAGGUGCAAAUGAUUUGUUUAUUAAAGGAGGCCCAUGGGGCCUCAUAUUGGCAAUACUCUGCCUUGGGUUACAUUAUAGACGUGGCAGCGGAAUCUUCUUAGGGGUAUUCUAGUACAGGGGGUUGGGGGUUUUGGUAUUUGCGUGCUGGUUCUCCUCGUCCAUACCUGCUUUCUCUACUCAUUCUUCUGCUUGUCCUAUGGCAUAGAUGGAUCCUGGAAGGGAAUUUCCCAGAACCCCCUGCCCAGGGGUCUGAAAGACUUUCCCCGCCCAGUCCUGGUCCAGGCAGGCACUCCUUGGGUCCCGGCUGUGCAAGUGCCAGGAGAGGGGGACAGGCUGUGUGCACCUGCGUACGGGCCAGUGGGCACCCUUCCUGCCGUAUCCUUGCGGGCCCCCCGGGGGGAGGUUCUUGGUGUUUCAGCACUGCUUAGCAUUCGAGGAAGGUUUCUGAACUGCUUGUCCCAGACUUGCCUUUAGUGUCAUGUAAGAAGUUUUUAAGUUAUAUUUAUUUUGUCGGUUUUUUUAAAUUGCACAAAACACUAAGACUGAGAGGCUGGAUUCUGUUUUUCCUUUCAAGCUUUGCUUGCUUUCUGAGCUUCUUUUCCCGCUUGGUGGAGAGAGCCUGGACGCAGCCCUGCCCCCCCCACCCCCCCCUCCCACCAUGGACUCUCUCCACCCUGAGCUGUAUUUAGCUUUGAGAUCCUCUGCGUCCGGUCCCCCCCGCAUGUAUAUAACCCAGGCCCUUUGCUUGGGAAGAAGCAGGUGCUCGCCCCUGCUAGUGCCUUUUGCUGGGGGAGCGGACUCCCCAGAGGGUCCUCCUCCCCCUGCACCCCUCUCCCCACAACACCUUGGAGAAACUGAACUGUUACGAAGCCCUGCGCGCGGCGGUGCCUGUGGAGCCGACUGCAGCGGCCCUGCCCCGUCCUGAAUAAAGACGCUGUAGACCGUG